AUCCAGUCCAAGCCAUCUGAAUAGCACUAACAGAAGUUCGCUACAAAUCAUGAGAAACGCAACUGUUUUAGCUGUCAUCGGUCUCGCCACUUGUUGUUUGAUUCAGGCUGCACCCAACGAUAUUAUAAAAAUAUGCGGUCCUAAUGAGGAAUACUCUACCUGCGGCACUGCUUGUCCGCAGACCUGUGAAUCUAUAAAAAAGCCACCACAUGCAUGCAUACUAAUAUGCCGAACUGGGUGCUUCUGCAAGUCUGGUUAUGUCCGUAAUGCGUACGGGGCUUGCAUCCGUCCAUGCCAGUGCUCAUUAGUGCUACCACUGCCAUACUUACCGCCAAGGCUUCCAUGCGAACCGGAAAAUCCCAGCGAGAGCCCUAAAUCACCAUGCGAUGCGCCCAAAGUCCCAUGUUCUGCUCCGAAACCACCUUGUGGUAAAUGAAUGAUCUAAGCUAUGAGAAUAAUUCUUAAUAAUAUCAUAAUAUCAUAAAAUAUGUAAUAAGACGUGUAUCGAAAAAUAU